UAAAAGGCCUGCCUACAAGAAGAUAGCUCAAACUACCAGCAAAAAUGGCAGAAGUGAAACUCCUUAGGACAUGGUCAAGCGCUUUUGGCCUGAGAAUCGUUUGGGCGCUGCAACUUAAAGGCAUCCCUUACGAAACAAUCUACGAAGAUCUUUCAAACAAAAGCCCUUUACUUCUUCAGUCUAACCCUAUUCAUAAGAAAAUUCCAGUGCUCCUGCACAAUGGAAAUGCAGUUGUUGAGUCACUCAUAAUUCUUGAAUACGUCGACGAAACAUGGAAGGAGAAUCCCUUACUGCCGGAAGAUCCUCUUGAGCGAGCCACUGCACGCUUUUGGGCCAGAUAUGGUGAUGAGAAGGUUUUCGCAUCUAUUUGGGAAUCCUUUACCAAGGAAGGGAAAGAGCAAGAGGAAGGUAUUGUAAAAGCCAAGGAGAACUUGAAGUACUUGGAAGAAGAGCUAAAGGGAAAGAAAUUCUUUGGCGGAGAGAGAGUUGGAUUUGCGGAUAUUGCACUUGGAUGGCUUGCAUACUAUGAGAGUUUGUUGGAAGACAUAGCAGGAAUGAAAGUGGUAACCAAAGAAGAGUUUCCAUUGUUAUCAGCAUGGGCGGGGACUUUUGCAGAUGCUCCUAUCAUCAAAGAUAAUUGGCCGCCUAAAGACAAACUUAUUGCCAAGCUUCAGGCUAUCCGUGACAGUAUCUUAAAAGAAUGAAAUGAUCUGGUCUGUGAUCAUUUCAUGAAUGGACAUGAGGGAAAGAGUUAGGUACGGAAUGUGGACAAUCUACGGAACCAUUUUUAAUAAAUCCUGCCAAAGUUAUUGGUGAGUUUACAUAAAUAUAGCAUCAAGAAUUACAGAGAUGAUCAUGGAUUUUGGAGAAAUAAGUAAUGUCUGGUUGAAAUAUAUAUCAAAGUGUUUUCUGGGA